GUUUCUGCCAGGACCCCUCGGGAAAGCUGCCCCGCUCCUCCGACCAGCCCGUCCCGCCGCCCGCGGAUCUGUCCUCGGCGGAGCUCUGGCUAGCUGAAGGGAGCGCACGCUGGCACGCGCGCACAUGCACACAAACACACGCGCGCGCACGCUCCAAGCACCCGGUGCCGGGGGAGGGGGCUUCCUAUACGAAAAGGUGCCUGUCGGAGCGGUGGUUUUGGCUGCUGGCGAACGCGUCCUCUGAGGAUCAGCUGGGGCAAAUCCCACAGCACCGGGACGGCGUUGGAGCGGAGGAUCAUAACGGGGAGAGAGCAAGAGAGCACCAAGGAGCUUCUGCUAAAAACAGAGGAAUUGAAAAACCUGAAAGGCGAUUUUUCGGAGAGAACUUAACGCUGUCUCUGUAGAAGUGGAGCUUGCUGGCUUUUUUGGAGGAGGACGGUAAUGCUGACAGGCUGAUCUCGCCAGUCCCCCCCCUUCACUUAAUUGUGCUUUUACGUUCCGUGUCAGCUGCUUGGAGCCGGACCAGCUGUGCUCGCACAUCGUGGUUGAGGGGGUGGUGUGCGUGCGUGCGUGCGUGUGUGUGUGUGUGUAUGAGCGAGUAUGUGCCGAAGUCUGUGAGUGUGUGCAUUCGACUCCGGCUGCCCUGAGCUAUUGAGCGCUUCGGUGUGCACAGGGCUAGCGUGAUGCCGGGCUCCAGGGACAACAGCGGCAGCCGGUCCUGACCCAUGCCCGGCCCACCAUCGCAGGAGGGUGGCACAGACGAACGAGAGAGGGGGAGAAGGGUGAAGAAGGAAUACUGCGACCCCCUCUGUUUGCCCUGCUGGAAGGGAAGAAGAAAAGUCCAGCAGAAGCAGAAGAAGCUGUUUGGUUACUGAUUUACCGAGUCGGGGAUCUGCGUCUGUGGAUCUAAAGCCCAAAGUGCAGUGGAAGGGUUUGCGCCGACCUGCCCUGUGCAGGACAGUGCCAGGGACCAGACGCGCCGCUCAACUCCGCUCACGUUCCCAAACGCACACUCGCGCGUAUCCGCUCACACGUCCGCACAAACACACACCCAGACCCCCUGCUUCUGGGUGGUAUUCGGGACCAACAUGCGUUGCCGGGAGACGGCUUCACGCUCGCCGGCGUGUCUUUCCGAAAGCAAGCGCUCCCAGAUUUCUCCCACCGACGCCGUGCUGGCCGGACGCCGCUCCAGCUCCUGAUCGCACCCUCGGCUCCGCCUGCCCGCUCUCCAAGGGCCAGUGAUCGGACGGAGCAUGAGCAAUUGUCACUAUGCCGGGCCGGCGCCCGAGCGGGAGCGCAUGUACCAGCACAAGGUCUCGCUGGUGGUGCGCUACUUCAUGAUUCCGUGCAACAUCUGCCUCAUCCUGCUGGCCACCUCCACGCUGGGCUUCGCUGUGCUCCUCUUCCUCAACAACUACAAACCUCAACCCACGUACACCCCGCCACCUGACGGUUGCCGGGGGAAGCUCUGCGGCUUCGGUGCCGUGUGCGAGAAGGACCCAAGCGACCCCUCUAAGGGCGAGUGCAUGUGCAAGAGGAUGGCGUGCCCGUCGGUAGUGGCGCCCGUGUGUGGUUCGGACUCCUCCACCUAUUCCAAUGAGUGUGAGCUGGAGAAAGCCCAGUGCAACCUGCAGAGACGCAUCAAGGUGAUGCGCAAGGGACCGUGUGCCCUGAAGGACCCAUGCAGUGAGGUGACCUGCAGCUACGGCAGCACGUGCGUCCAGUCGUCCGACGGCCUGUCUGCCAAGUGCAUGUGCCCGCUGAGCUGUGAGCCCGUUCCCAAGUGGGUGGUGUGCGGCAGCGACGGCCUCGACUACCCAAGCGAGUGCGAGCUCAACACGAAGGCCUGCUCUACCCAGAAGAACAUCCGCGUGCAGCACACAAGCCCCUGCGACCCGUGCCGCGACCUUCAGAGGGGCCCAGACGUGCUGUGCGUGGUGAACACACAGACCCGCAAGCCGGAGGCACUGGUGCUGCCGGAGCCGUGCCCGCCGGCCCCCAAACCUCUCUGCGCCAGCGAUGGGCGCAGCUACAACAGCAAGUGUCAGAUGCAGCGCACGGCUGUGCAGAAGCGGCGGCAGCUGCACCAGGUCCACAGCGGGCCCUGCAGGAAGGAAGAGGAGUGCAAGGAGGAGUGUAAGUACAGCGCGGUGUGUCUACUGGAGCACGGGCGACCACGCUGCUCGUGCGAGCCCAUCCACUGCGACGGCUCCUACCGGCCCCUGUGCGGCCAGGACGGACUCACGUACCCCAACGAGUGCGAGAGGCGGCGCGCUGAGUGCCUGAGCCGCACCCCCAUCCCCGUCAAGCAGCAAGGCCCCUGUGACCUGAACGUGCCGAGCCCAUGCCUGAAGAAGACCUGCGACUUUGGUGGCACGUGCGUGGUGAAGAACGGUCAGGCCGUGUGCGAGUGCCCUGAUGCGUGCCCUCCAGCACAGGACCCUGUGUGUGGCAGCGAUGGGCACACCCACAACAGCCAAUGCCACAUGAGGGCCAUGGGCUGUGCCCUGCAAAAGCACAUCCAUAUACAGCACAAAGGAUCCUGUGACAAGGCGUGCGGCAGCUGCACGUUCGGCGCGAUCUGUGACGGCCAGACGGGCCGCUGUGUGUGCCCUACCGAGUGUGUGGGCGCGCGGCAGCCCGUGUGCGGCAGUGACGGCACCACCUAUGAGAACGAGUGUGAGCUGAACGUGCGCGCCUGCACCAAGCAGCUGGACCUGCACGUGGCCGCCCAGGGAGAAUGCAAGACCUGUGGCAGCACCGUGUGCAGCUGGGGCGCCCACUGCGUGCAGAACAAAUGCGAGUGCCCGCUGUGUGCGGACCAGCCCCUUAAGCCCGUGUGCGGCACGGAUGGCAUCACCUACGACAACCACUGUGAGCUACAGCUGGCAUCCUGCACAAUGAGGAAGAGCGUGGAGGUGGCCAAGCCUGGCCUGUGUGACGAAGAGUGUGGGUCCGGGGGCUCGGGCUCCGGGGUGGAGGCCUGCGAGCAGGACCGCUGUCGGAGGUUCGGAGGGUCGUGGGACGAGGACACAGAAGACGAGCGCUGCAUGUGCGGCUUCGACUGCCGCAACGUGCCUCUCGACCAGGUGUGCGGCUCAGAUGGGCGCACCUACAACAAUGAGUGUGAACUGAAGAAGACUCGGUGUGAUAAGAAGGUCGACCUGCUACUGCAGAGCCAGGGACCGUGUGCAGCUGGCACAACCGCUACCCCGGUGCACUGCAGCCGGACGGUGUAUGGAUGCUGUAAGGACAACAAGACCACCGCCCUGGGGGUCCAAAUGGCAGGAUGCCCCAGUAAGUGCCACUGCAACCCCUACGGCUCAUACGGGGGGGCAUGCGACCCCACCACAGGCCAGUGCUCCUGCAAGCCCGGUGUGGGUGGCCUGAAGUGUGACCGCUGUGAACCCGGCUUCUGGAACUUCCGCGCCAUCGUCACGGAGAACACAAGUGGCUGCACGCCGUGUAACUGCGACGCCAUUGGCUCUGUGAGGGACGACUGUGAGCAGAUGACAGGACUCUGCUCCUGUAAAACUGAAGUGACGGGCCCCAAGUGUGACUUCUGCCCUGACGGCAGCAAGAUGACGGCCAACGGGUGUGACCGAGACCCCAAGGUGCCGGUGUCAUGCGCUCACCUGCAGUGCCCCUACGGGGCAUCGUGUGUGGAGGGGGGGGGGCAAGCCCGGUGCCAGUGCCCACCGCCCAACUGUGACCAGAAGAACCGGACCAAGGUGUGUGGCUCCGACGGCCUGACCUAUGCUGACCAGUGCCAGCUGAGGACUCUCGCCUGUCGCCAGGACAAGGAGAUUACUGUGAAACACUUAGGCCACUGCAAAGAAUCCAUCCCUGAACCGGGGGUCAAGCCCACCCCGUUGCCGAUCACACCACGCGCCACCCCUCCCACCACACACGUCAAGGUCACCCAACACACACGCCAAGGCCAUGGUGUCACCACCACCCCCACAUCUAUCUACGACAAGAACGACAAUGACGGAACAAAAGUGGAAGCGCUGCCUCCGUCCAGGAUCCCCUCCACGCCACCUGCCCCCCACAGCCCCAUCACCUCCCCCAAUCCACCCCACACCCCCUCACCCACCUCCAGCCCCGGCUUUGAGGACUCGGGCAGUGGGGAGCCCAGUGGGGACGACGACAUGGAGGAUAGCGGAAUGGAGGCGAGCGGAGACGUGUCAGUCGGUGUAGAUGUGGCUGGUACCACUCUCUCUCCGGUGGAACGCACCUCCUGCGACAACACGCCCUUCGGCUGCUGCCCUGACGGCAAGACCACCGCCACCGGCCCCGAUGGCACCAACUGCCCCUCCACCAUGCGUUUUAACGGCUACCUGCACCUGGACCAGGUUGAGGGCCAAGAGGUCUUCUACACGCCCGAGAUGGAGGACCCAAAGUCGGAGCUGUUCGGCGAGACCGCCCGCAGCAUCGAGAGUGCUCUGAACGAACUCUUCUGCAAGUCCGACGUCCAGAAGGACUUUCAGAGCGUCCGGGUCCGGAAUCUGGCUCCCAGCAACUCCAUCGUGGCCAUGGUAGAGGUCCACUUUGACCCAGACACCAGAUUUACAGUGGACGAUAUUGAAGCGGCGCUGCUGAAGCAGCUGAAGCUGACUAAAGGGACAGGCAUCGUGGUGAAGCAACCGGCAGAGGAAUAUAUCCGCUUCAGCAACUACGGCCUCUCGGUCCUUUCGUUCUUCACCACGGCAGCCACGACGGUGACCACUGUGGCCACUUCCAUCCCCACCACCCGCUCCGUCGCCGUCGCCAUGCCGACCAACCCCGCCGCCGCGCGCCGCCCGGCCUCUGCCGGGCGGCCCUCCACCACCCGCAGGACCGCCACGUCCGCGCCGGUCACCACCACCCCUCCGCGGCUCCACGCCUUCACCACCGUCCUGCCCCUUCGGACCAGGCCCGUGCCCCAGCACAUCAGCCCUUGCGACUCGCAGCCCUGCAGCCACGGGGGCACCUGCGAGGAGGACGGGGAGGAAUUCACCUGCACCUGCCCCGCAGGGAGAGGCGGAGCCGUGUGCGAGAAAGCGAUAAAGUACUACAUCCCAUCCUUCGGCGGGAAAUCUUACCUAGCCUUCGACACCAUGAAGGCGUACCAUACUGUGCGCAUCGCCAUGGAGUUCCGGGCCUCGGACACCACGGGCGUACUCCUCUACAACGGGCAGACCGGCAAGAAGGACUUCCUCUCGCUUGCCUUGGUGGGAGGCAAGGUGCAGUUGAAGUUCAACACGGGCUCCGGCACGUCCACGGUGAACAGCAGCGUCCUGGUGAAGCCCGGCCACUGGCAUCACCUGGUGGUGAACCGCAACAGGCGCAAUGCAGCCCUGAGCGUGGACAACGAGACGCCCGUCGAGGGCCAGAGCCCGCCCGGCACUGACGGACUCAACCUGGACACGCACCUCUUCAUCGGUGGCGUGACCGACGAUAUGAUCCAAGAUGUGAAGGAGAGGACCACAGUGUCCACCGGUCUAGUGGGCUGCAUCCGCUUACUAGAUGUCAACAACAUGGUGUACAACCUUCAGGAGAACGGGGCCAACGUCCUGUACGGCAGCGCCGUGGGCGAGUGUGGCAACAACCCAUGUGUGCCUAACCCCUGCAAAAACGGAGCCACCUGUCAGGUCAAGGGAGCCGAGCUAUUCCACUGCAAGUGUGUCAACGGUUUCUCUGGUCCGACCUGUGCCGACGCCCACAACCCGUGUGAGCCGGACCCGUGCCACCCACUAGCCCAGUGCCAGGUGCUCCCAGAAGGAGGCUACAAAUGCGAGUGUCCCAUGGGCCGCGAGGGCAAGCACUGCCGAAAAGUAUCAGACAGAAAUGGGACUUACAUUCCAUUCUUCAGCGGGGACUCCUACCUGGAGUUAAAGGGCCUGCAUUCAUAUGGGAAUGAUUUGAGGCAUAAGGUCAGCAUGACUGUGGUCCUGCUGGCUAACGACUCAAAUGGCAUGAUCUUCUACAAUGGUCAGAAGACGGACGGAAAAGGAGAUUUCAUCUCCCUCGCGCUGAAUGAUGGCAUCCUCGAGUUCAGAUAUGAUCUGGGCAAGGGGCCCGCUGUGAUUAGGAGCAAAGAGAAGCUGAAGCUGAACGUGUGGAACACGGUGAAUCUGGAGCGGGCGAACCGCAAGGGCGAGCUCAACAUGAACGGCCGAGACCCCGCGCGAGGAGAGGCCCCGAAAUCACGCAAGAACCAGCAUACAGAUCUCAAUCUGAAGGAGUCCCUCUUUGUGGGUGGAGCUCCAGAUUUCCACAAAGUGGCCAGAGCAGCAGCUCUGAAGGAGGGGUUUAAAGGUGCCAUCCAGAAGAUCACCCUGAUGGGCAGGCCAAUCCUGAGCAUGGAGAACGCGCUCCACUCCAGCGAUGUGUCCAUGUUCCCGUACCACCCAUGCGCCACCAGCGUGUGCCAGAACAACGGCAGGUGCAUCCCGCAGCUUGAGAGCUACGAGUGCGAGUGCCACUACGGCUACACGGGCCUCCACUGCCAGAACACUACUUACGAAAAGGCCGCCGGCCAGUCUGAGGCCGUCGCUUUCAAUGGCCGAACGUUCAUCGAGUAUCACAACGGAGUCACUAAGAGCCAACUGACCAAUGAGAUCCCUGACCCCGAGUCCCUGGAGAACCCACCAGACCAGAGCGAGAAGGCCUUGCUGGUGAACAAGUUCGAGCUGAGCAUCAGGACGGAGGCCACGCACGGCCUCAUCCUGUGGAGCGGCAAGGGCGUGGAGCGCUCCGACUACAUGGCCCUGGCCAUCGUGGACGGCCGCGUCCAGAUGACCUACGACCUGGGCUCCAAACCCAUCGUCCUGCACUCUUCCGUGCCGGUCAACACCAACCGAUGGACUCGCAUCAAAGCAAGCAGAGCACUGAGAGACGGCUCUCUGCAGGUCGGUAAUGAGGCUGCUGUCACAGGCUCCUCACCUCUAGGUGCCACUCAGCUGGACACAGAUGGUGCCCUUUGGCUUGGUGGUCUCGAGGAUUCGUCGGUGGCCCGUCGCCUCCCUAAGGCCUACAGCACAGGCUUCGUGGGCUGUGUGAAAGACGUCUUAGUGGACGGGGUGGACCUGCAGCUAGUCGAGGACGCCUUAAACAGCCCCAAAAUAUUACACUGUUCAGCCAAAUAGUCUGGCACCACCUCCCUCUCCAACGCCGUGUCUACUGCUGUAAUUAUUUUUCUAUUUUUGUAUACUUUUCAUUGCUUUUUAUAUUUGAAAAAAAAAAAGAUCACAAUGUUUUAAUUUUUGUUUGGUGGUUUUGUUUUUAUUUCUUAGCCUUUUUUUUUUUUUUUUUUUUUUAAUUUGAUCUGCACCUCCAUCCAUAGUCUUUUAUUUCCCAGAUUGCAGUUGUUCGUGGUGUUGCAAGACGAAGGAAAAUACGAAUUAUGUUAUUGGUGUUGCUUUUAGAGCGACCCCAAAUAUAUAUGUAAUGUUACCUUGCUCAUUACUUGAAAUGGCGCACAAGGCUGGUGCUGUUUGACCUCUCACGAUGGCCUUCUCUAGGUGCCAUAAUUCCUACGCUGUAGUCCAGCCACCGCGUGCAUUCCUCUGAGCCGCUGCGCAAGUUCACGCCUACAGCUUUCAGCAGCUUUCCAUGAACAAAUCAUACGUGACUCCCUGCUUCGCCCGCAUUGGACUGUCACUGUUAUCUAAGCCCAGCAAGAGUCCUGCUGCACCAGUAACCAGGGCGCAGUCCCGUCCACCUUAACAUCAUGUUCCUUCUGAGCUAACACCGAGCUUGUCAUUCCACAGUAAUGACUAAGCGCUCCUCAAAGAUUUACAUAUCGUAUCAGCAAAGUUGAGCUGUCAUUUAGUGACCUGUGAGAUGUCAUACUUAAGUAGAUAGUACAGAAAUACACGAGACUGUGAAUAUCAAGGAAACUCCAUUUCUGUUGCAAUCGACUGUCUCAUGUUUCAUGUGCCACAUCUAAUCAAUGGUGACUUUACAAAUGACCAAUUUGUUGCAUGCAAAUUUUUAAAUGUCAGGUUGAUUUUGCCUUGGUUGUCUUACUUAUUCCAUUCAGGGCAAAAGAAGUUUUAUCAGGUGGCUUGCAUUGAAAAGUAAGUGUUUCUUCUGAUUUGAGAUUUGUUUUUAGUUUUGUUUUUGCUUUGUUUAUUUGGGGGGGGGGGGGAUGAUGGACUUCUUUUCAUGCUGUUGUUUGUCAGUCUAAAUUUCUCAUGUUCAUGUUGGACUUUUGAAAAUGUCAAGAAUAAAAGCGUUUGUUACAAUUGUCUACCAUGGAGAGGCACUGUAGCACAAGGACAGGAAAUAGCAGCAAAAUGGGGCCAAGCAACAGAUGUCAUCACGCGGCUGCGAAGACAUCCGAAUAGUCCUGGAAUUUUGAGUCAUGAUUUAAAUCCCUGGAAUGGCGAGCAUUCAGGAGCCAUGGUUUUGCUCAAAUGAAACUGUUGCUUUGAAAAUACUAUCAGCACUUGCUUUCAAAAGGGAUGAUGUAAUGUUUAGACCCUUGCGUAAUAUGACUGGUUCUUACGCAGCCGUGACAGUAAGCAAACGUAUCAAUAACAAUAAUGAAUGAAAUAAUAGUGCAUGGGUUUGUUAUAUCAAAAUGAUUUUUGUAACAUGUUUGAAAACAAAUGUGAUGCAAUUGUUUGUACUGCUGACCCAAACGUCAUAAGAAAUACCUUUAGUUUCAAUACAAGUUAAAAAGUAAAUUGCGAUAAUCUAAUCAAAGUAUGCCUGUUCAUAGUAAAGGAUUGUUAUCUUUUGUGGAAAACAAAUCUUUGUAUUGCUAUUUUCUUUUUUUUUCUUUUUCUUUUUAAAAAAAUGAGACAACCAGGUCCAUUUUGCAAUUAUCAAAUGUAAAUUAGUAACGUGCAUCUGUUGGGCUUUUGCUUUAGUAUUAUACACUGGAAAACCAAGUUUGUCGCUUUACUAAACAUAUUCUGUUCCUUUGUCUUACAUGACUUAGGGCAUAACCACCGUCCGUCCCCCAAGACAAGGUUUUCAUUGGUUUAUUGGGUUUUAUAUUUAAUUGCAGUGAGGGGACUUUUUAGUAUUCCAAAUCAAAGCCCUCAUUUCUGCGCUGGCUGACGGUCCUUCAUACUCUACACUAUCCAUGUGUUAACGAUCCAGCGAACACGAUAGCUAGUCUAGUUUCUUUUCUUUUCUUGCUAGUAGGCCAGCUCGUUUCAGCACAAGCCGAUGGGUUUGCACCAGCAGCGACCUCCUGCAUGCUCAGAGGCUGCUGAACGGUGCACAGUGCUGGGCUUUUAAGGAGGGCCAGCCAGGUGAAACUGUGCUGCCUGGGUGGAAUAUGGGUGAGAAUUGCCUUAAAAAUCUAUCCUUGCUCACUGGUGACAGAGUCAGUAUCUAUGCCAUUCUGUGCUCUCAGUUUAGCCAGUGUAUUAGCCACAUCCCCGUUGUGUAAAUUAAUACAUAAAUGUUAAUAAUUGUAUUAAUACUGUUCAUUGAAAAUAUUCCAGAAUGCCUCAAAAAUAGUGGUUCUGGGCUCUACAGAUAUAAUAUUUACUGUAUAAAUACUAUUUUCAAUAUCUUAUUUAUGUCUUCAAGUGGAUUCCCAUACUGGCCUUUGUAAACUACUGUUUUGACUGAACUAUACUGAAGGGCAGCACUCAGAAUGAAAGUGGCAUGACGUUACCAUUACUAACUUUAUUACUUGUGUCUUGUGUUCCUACCACCAUGAAAUAAAGUGUAAAACAAACUGCCCUGGCUAA